AUUUUUUUCUCAGUGUGAUAUAACUAAAGUUAUAUUUUUACUUAAAACAGUAUCAUUAAAAUAGCAUUGAUGUUCUAAUACUUGAUAUUUAAAAAUAGGAAUUUAUAUACAAAUACUUGAUAUAAUUUGAAUGUUUAAUAUGAGCGAUUACAAGACAAAUGAUUAUUUUAUUCGAGUCUAUGGCUGUUAAGUAAUUUUGUAAACACUACUUGUACAUUAUAUCAUCAGUUAAUGAAAUGGGAAUAUAUUAAUAUGACAAUAAUGAAAUAUAGCAUUUCUCAUAAAGAACUAAAUAUUCAGCGUGUUACAAUCCAGAAGAGCAAAAUUGGAAAUGCAAAUGGCAAAAAUUCGAGAAAACAAAACAAGCCGUCAAAAUUGGAAUUUAGAUUACAGAAGUUGCAACGCGCAGAGUUGAAAACAAGAUAUAUUGAAUUUCGAGGGAUGCUGGAUUGUGGAAUGGCAAUGUGUGUAACAUAACUAGGAUGGUUUUAUCAAAUUCAGCGUGCGAAUCCCACUUUGUGAUGGAAACCUAAUCGACUUUUCCCAGUCAGACGGGUUGUAUUCAUUUGUGUUUUGAUUGAAUACACUACUCGAAACUAUAUUUAUUUAAAAAAUCAACUGCCCAGCUAAUAUUAACUAAAAAAAUUAUGCUUGCUAGGAUAAAUCCAAAACAUUUUCGAUAUUAUAUGACGAGAUUAAUUCUCAUGAUCGUAAAAUGUUCCUCGGUGAUGAAUUGGCAAAUGAAAACAGCUUCCAACCUGUGCCGCAAUUUGCAAGAAUUAUUUAAAAAGUAAUAUCUGAUAUUCAAAUGUAAACAAAGCGGCGAUAGAUUAGCAUGAAAAAAAGGAGGAAAAAAAAGAUAAUUGACAAUGCAUUUAAAUACAACAUAAGUUACGCUAGCAUGCAUAUAUAUAUUUCGUGAUAUAUCCCCUUUUUAUUUGAAAAUCAAACAAUGCGGGGAAAAUAACGGAUUGAUGUUUGGUGAUAUGCCAAUCCUCAUAGCUCUGCAUUCAUUGAAUAUCCGAGGUAGAGUGUUUCGUUAACUUGUAUGUGUGUUGCGAUCACAGUGUUACGUGAUUUACGCGGAGAGAGAAUAUUAUAUAUCCGUUGUUUUCAUUCGGGAAAUAUUCGUUGUUUACAAAACAUCUAUGUUCGUAUUGUAAUGCAUGCAUUUGCAUUCUAUAACGAGUGCGCGCGAAAUCUUUUAUAAACCACGGGAGAACAACGUUAACGAAUAAUCAAGAGUAAGUGAAUGUGAUAGUAAUCAGAUGUAAGUCCAAUAUUGGUAUAACGAAUUAAAUUCAAAUCAAAUAUCCUCCAACUGUGCAUUUUUCAAUCCAAUACUGCAACAGGAUCGAUCUCAUCAAUACACAUCGACUUCAGUAUACGUUUAGCUAAUCCCGCGUCCCGAUUAUUCCGAAAUUGGAAAUGACAAGCGGCAAGGAGAAGACAAACGCGCGGCUAAACUGCGGUUAAGCGUCCCAGAGAAAACUGCUCGUUAACCGUUCGCAUUGUGCGGGAAACCUAGGUGCUUCCUCACGUCGUCGGCACAUCCUCUCGUUAGAAAGCACCCGCGGUGGUCCGUCACCGAUGAUUUAGUGGAAAGAGUUCGCGGUUCGUGCUGCACGAUGUGAAUCGGCAUAUCACCUUUCUCCGGUAAACUCUCUAUCGUUUCCGAGCGAUCGGAAGCGAGGUAGAAGAGCCGCGCGGCUAAAUAUCGGCCUGCGUCGCGCACAAUCACUCGCGCACGAAAGCAGAAUGGGAGGAAGUGCCUCCUGGUUUUCUACCGGGUGUGCACGUUUGUACACGUCUGGCUCCCCUCGCAGGCAGGUUGUGCCGGAUAGAGGUAUGCAGGACAGUAGGUCACUGUCAGCACCAUCGGCAGCCGUAGACCCAUCAGCCUCCUACCCCUUUCCGUCGUCUCUUUCUUUUCUUUCUCCAGCUUCCUGUGCCCGCCUCCGUCCCCGCCCUCGCCACUCCGUACCGCCAAUCGAGCAGAUCACGCAUCUUUGUCUUUCUGUUCUUCUUCAGCGUGUGUGAAUGCAAGUUUCUCAAAGCUCGUUACGUCGGCGCUUUCUGACAGCGAAUCAAUGGUAAUAUUCAAUAUUCCUUCCCCUGUUUCUUCCCUUGCACAAGCGGAUAACAUUUUCAUGGCGUUAACGAGGAUGGAAGGUCUUCGCGCGCGAAAAGGAACGCAGAAGAUCCGUCAUCGUGUCGACUUGUUUGUGUUAGAUUCACAUUCGAAAUCAUUUUCAUCCCGUCCUCCUUUCUCGUUGCUUCCGGUUUCUUUGACAGCUGUACCGACCAACUGUUAUCGCUUUGUGCGUUCACCGCACAUAGAUGCGUCCUCCACCACCGGUAACGGGCGAAUGACUCCUGCUCAUCCACCAAUUUGCGUCUGCCUCUUCCGUAUGUUCCUUCACUCUUCCCGGCGCUUUCUCUCUCGCUCGUGCACUCAUUCACGAACUCCAUUCGUCGUCUCUCUCUUCCGUUUGGUCUCGCUCAGAGUUUUUCUCUUUCUUCCUCUUUCCUUCUUUCACUCCUUCGACCGUCUCUCCCCUCGUCCUCCUCCCCGUCUUGUUCCCCGUUUCUCUUCAUCCCAUGUGCCCAUGAUCUCGUGAGAGUGUUGGCUCUCGCGAGGGAUCCUCCACUCUUCUUCUCAGCCACCACCAAGCUCCGAACCGGGAUCUUUGCGUAUUCCCGAAGACGGACGGUAGUUUCGUUACUCGCAUUCGCGGCCGACAUGUCGGAUCAUCCGAAAUUCGCCAGCAAAAAAACGCAAUACCGCCGCACGCCCGGCGAAUACCCGUCUUAAGUAAGUGUGAAUGAGCUCGCGAUAUCGUGAACGUGUGCACGCCGCGAAAUAGUCGAAUCGCUUCAUCCGAGGUCAUUUUAAAGUCGAGAAGGGUCUAUUCUCAGUGGACUGAUCCUCGAAGGAGCCGUUUGUUUUCAGAAGUUUGUUCGGAGUGUGGAUAUCUCGGAUUUAAGGAUCGACAAGUGCUCCAGUUGUCGUCCAACUUGAUUCGUGCAGAAGUGUGCCGGUCGGCCCCGAGGCUGUAGGCCAGUCCGUGUUUCGUACUCGAGGACCAGGAAGGAAAUUCGUGUGAAGAAAGGACGUAGAAAGAAAGAGAGAGAGAGAGAAAGAGAAAGGCGAACGAGAGGCGAGUGAGAGAGCAGAGAAUGAAUUUUGCUAGAGAGAAGAAAAGAAAGCCGAAAGAUCGCUAAUCGAACCCGGUCGUCUUAUAGUCGAGAACGAAGAUUGGAAGAUCGCGUUAUAGAAAUCGAUUAACGUAUACCAGAGAGAGAAAGAUAAUUGUGUGACGAUAAUCAGAGACAAUAUAUCGAUGUCAAGCAGAGAUUCAACAAGUGAAGGACGGGAUUGAACUACUCGAUGGACACAAAAGCGCCUGCGAAUCAAGAAUGAAACUACUGGCUGUUUCUGAGCAGAGAAUUGCGAAGAGGAGACCGCGUGGGAGAGAAUAGUGGUUAGAAAAUUAGACGCCGGCUUGCCUCGAGGUGGCUUACGUUUCUACCGGGGACCAGACGUGCGGAAAAUCGUGAGGGAGAGAAAGGAAGGGGCUAAAACCUCGCCAAGGACAAAGCGAAGUCAAAGCGAAGAAAAACGAAGGGUCGAGCGAAAGUAAUCAGCACGCGUCACUCGAAUGGAUACGACUAUAAGAGUCAAUUUUUAAGCAUUGCUCCAAGAGGACGCUUAAUGUGAACAUUUACUACGUACUACAAAGUUAAAAGAGAAGAAGAAAGAAAUUAUUCCAAUUUAAAAAUCAAGAAAUGAAAUAUAAUUUCCACGCGUCGGAUGGAAACAUUACUGAUGAAAAUUUCCGGAACUGUGUGAAGAUUGAAAAAGCUAAUUAAACUGUGUGUUAAUUAAUUCGACGCCAGAAUGCGAGUCAAGAAAUAACAUUGACAUAGGAGUAAAGAUUGAUUCAAACUAAUUUAAAUGAGCAUUGAAGGAGAAAUUACAAGUGUUUAUUUAAGAGAAACUGACUAUGCAGUUGAAGAACCUGUUUUCGCAAAUGUAGCAAACAAAUAUUCUUAGAAAUCACUUUCUCAAUGAAAAUAUCUGAAAACACCGUUGGAGAUUUUGACCCAAUCUAUCCAGGGAAGUCUAUUGGAACAUUCGAAAUUGAUUUGUCCGAUAGAAGCCUGGAUUGUCGAGGCAGCUAGAGGGGCGCACGUAGGUAAAUUGAGAGAGACGACGUAUUCAUCAGUGCGAAAGACCCAUCCCCCCCGAGCAUGUUGUAAAAAGUAUCAAUUUGCGAAGGAAUACGAGAGGUUGUCAGGGAGCAGCCAGAUUUCACAGACACACGCGUGGCUCUGACGGGUCAAAGAUCGCAUCGAGGGCAGAGAGGAAGAGAGAGAAAGAGAGAAAGGAUCGUGAAAGUUUCGAAGUGGAAGUCAAAAGAAAAGCCUAUUCAAGAGGUGGUCGCCUUGAAUGGCGCGUUCCCGAAGUCGGGGAAGAUCGUAAAGGUGAUUCUCGAGUGGCGGUUUUAACCCCUGUCCUACGAGGGGAAUAAAUAAAUACGGGUUUCGCGUCUAUCGGAGGAAGGAUAAGCGUUAGGAAAAUACGGCGAAGCGGACGAAGAUGAGCAGACAAAGUGUACCACCCCCAAGCAUCAAUUCGUGCGAGAGGAUCAGACCGGAGCGACCUAGAAACACGAUACAGAGGCUCGUGUGGGGUCCUGGUUCACAGUUCCAGGUUGGUCAUAUCGGCAUCCCAGAGGAUGAAGGCUCGAAUCCGCGAAUGGCGUUGAGACGGCUGCUGAGGUUAUAUGAAGGCAGACAGUACAGGGAGGCGGCUGGUUUUCUGAUGAAACUGCCGCAUUACACCUUGAAGGCUGCCUUGCCAGAUAUACCGGUGGAUUUGUUGAUCGAGACGUUACCGCACAGCCUUGCCUUGCUGGAAGCACUCUACUCCCGACUGGUAGAGCUGAACAUCAGCGAUACGAAGAUCCUGCGAAUCGAGCAAGUCCUCUGGAGAAUAGUGCAUUUAAUAUCGACUAGUCAGGAUCAUUUCCGACCGCGGAUCUGGUGCAAACUUCUCGUGUCCUUGAACAGACUAUCGCCCAGUACCAAGAGCACGCUGAUAUCGAGAAGACGCGCCCUAGAGAGAGCCGUAGAAGGACUUGGCAAGCAUGGAUUAGUAUCUUCCUCGCAGACGAGCAGCUCCGAGAAUUCCGUAACGUCAAACCUGGUACCAUUACCGGUGGCCCUGAAAGAGGAACUCGAGAUCCGAACGGAGACGUACAAAUUAGCGUUACACAAGAUCGAAAACUUGAGCAAGCACACUGGAACCCAUAAAGUGGAUCAAGGUGUGCAGGCGGCCUCGCAUCAGCGACAGCUUUCCCUGAAAUACAGCGAGAUCCAACAACGGCUGAUCGAUAAUCAGAGUCUACUGAAUACCUUGGAGAAAGCGGGUGGACCAUGUACCUUGGAGAAUCUGCUGGCGGAGCUGAAGCGCCGAGUCGAGCAGGACAAGGAGGCACUCCGACAAUGGACAGCCUUGAGAAAAUGGACUUCUGGACCGUCGAAUACGAAGAAUCCGGCCCUAGCCGCCAGAUUGCUACAGUUUGCCCGUGGCUGCGCGCUCGCCCUACAAUUCAUGAACGAGGAUAAUUCGCAGGUAUCUCACCUGGAUGAGAAUCUCGGUGACGAUUAUGAGGAGGAGUCGAGCAGCGCCGGCUACCACACGGACGAGAGCUGCAGCCCAACCCCAGAACCGGUGGUAACUGGUGGCAAUUGUGAUGUGGGAGAGAAUUGUGCGAAUCUAACUUUGGCGAACAUCACGGUGGAGAGGCUCACCGAGAGAUACGCUGCUCUCUACUCUCAGGCCAAUCUGCACACUUUGGAUGCUCUAGACGCGUUGGAAUCACUCAAAGACGCACCCGACUUAAAAGCGAAAAUUCUCUACUCGGUGGUAGUGCUCUCAUGGCGUUUAGCCGGCAUGGUCCAGACAUCUAGGCGCCUGCAGACCUUGAAGAUCUUGAACGGUGCAGCCGCGGCGCAGACGACAGCGUCGACGCCGGAGCUUGAGGAAUGCAUCAAACGGCAACUGGCUACUUCCGGCGCGCAGACCGGUUCUCGUGAGGUCGCCGAGCAGGUGGUCAGCCAGUUGGAAAGGACAUUGUACGACUUUCCGUGUCUGCGUGGCUGCGCCGAGGUCAAGAGUUACGCCACCGCGUGCUCCACUUUGGCUUGGGCGUGUCUGGCGCGUACUACACCGCUGGUGCUCGAUGUAGCGCAGGGCUUGGAGUUUCGCCGAGAGAUCCACGUGAGGCAUCAUGCAUCGCCGAAUCCGCACGGGACCAGGAUCAGGUCAGUCCUGUGGCCGGGACUUCGAGAGGGCUGCCAGGGUCCUUGCCUCCACAGGGCUGUUGUACUAACAUACUGAAACGGGUUUUCUGCAAAAUUUCAAAACUUAUGCAAAACCGCAAUGUGGAAAUAUUAUAUAUGUAUAUAAGACUUGCCGAGAGAAGCAUAUGAAAUUCAACGAGUUAAUUAAAAUCUUUAUGAACGGUCACGGGGCAACGCAACAAAACAGCACAAUGGUUUUCUAACGGUUCAUGCGUAAUUAAUACUUAUAAAAUUAAUUAAGAUACUUCUGUAUAGUAAUACAAGAAAUAUAAUAUAAUCACGAGAAAAUUUCGUCUGGAGACAUGAUUAAUUUUAUUAUUGAAUUAUCUCGCUUAUUUUAUAAUUGCAUGUAAUCAUAAACUAUGACACAUUACAUAUAUAAUUUAUAUUUAACUUAUAAAAUAAAUAUUUCGUCUAUAGAGUUUAAAAAAUAUAAUAAUUUCACUAUGAAGAGGAGAAAGUGAGAGAUUUACAAGCUCGAAUCUGUAAAUUAAAUGCACGAUGGAUGACAAUCCUGUAUGAGAUGCUGCACCGCAACGUACUCCAAUUUCGUUCGUGGUUAUGAUAUCCAUUCUGCGCCACGUUGACACUUGACACCACAACCGGAUCUUAAAUUUCAGGAACAUAUCUCGCGCAUGUCGCUCGUGGUUCCAGUGAUCGAGAAUCAAGAAUUCAGGAUAGUAUGAUACAUGUUACAGUAUUGCAUGUUCUCGCAUUCUUGUUUAGGCGGACUGACAUUUCAUUUUAUAUCAUUUUAUAAUUUUAAAAACAGCUAAAAGAAAACACAAUUUGUCACAUGGAUAUUUAAGUUGUUAUUAUCUACUCUUAAAUAUAUUGUUUUUCAAGAUAUGUCCGACAAUUGUUAUAUUUAUAAAAAUAUAUAUUUAUUGACUUAAUUUCAGCUUCUUAAAAAAAAAUUACUUAAUUUAGCUAUUAUUUGUAAAUUCUCGAAACUCUAAUUGAUUGUACAAACUUUAUGCAUUAUAAUUAAGAUAUAGAUAUAGAAGGUAAACUAUAAUAAUAUAGAAGAUAAAAGGAUAGUUAAAUAUCUUUAUGAUGCUCAGAAAUAUUAAUAUAUUAUUUAUAUGUAAGCUAAAUAAAUUAAUAUUCGACAUAUAGGUAUAGUUUUGUAUUAAACACUAAUACUAACAGUUAUUAAAUAUAAUAUAAGCGAUAUUUUAUUAAUAAAUAUAUUUUAUUUUAUAGUUAUAUUAUGACACAAAAAGAUGCUGUAUAUUAUUUUAGUCGUACAACGCUGUUAUGUUAAAAGUAUGUACAUUAAUAAUAAAAUUUUGAAUAAAAUGUCAUUUAUAUGAAAAA